AUGACACUGGCGCUUUUUGCUUCCUUCUUCCGCUUCAACGGCCGGCAGUCUUCGGGUGAUCGCCUGGCGGCCUUUAUCCCUAUAACCAAGAAGAAAUACUCCCGACGGGCCUUUCAUCGCAAAUUAUAUGCUAUUCUCGCUGAUCAAUUACGAGUCAAGUUUGAGAUUAUCGUCAUAACCCAAAGCAAGGCAAACCGAGCAGCGCCUCGCGACUCAGCUCCGAACCAAAAUAAAGUUGCCCGUAAUCAGCGCUCAUCGGCAUCUCCAGCUCUUCAUCCUCGUAUUAUGAACUUCUGGGUGACGACAUUGUGGAAGAGCCACAUAUCUGUAGUCCGAACUGAGGAAGCACACUGGCAUGUGGCAAUGAUGUUGGAAGAAGCUCCUCUGAUCCACGACGGUUUUACCGUCGCCACCGCCCUCAGCUCAGCUCAGCCUUCUCGAGAUCUUCUUCCCCUGAUCACCACUUCCAGGGAAGAUCCCAGCCCGCGACACAUGCAGCGAAGUACGGCACCAACAGCCAAGGCUUGUCGUCCCAAUGAUUUGCGGUGCGUUGCACCACACUCCCAGAAACUUCCGACUUUUGCGCUGCCCUUCAAACGCGAGAGCGAGGAAACAGUACCGUUCGAACGGCAGAACAACCAUACAGUAUACUACGUAGGCAAGCAACUCAAUGAUGCUUGCAAUUCGGAAACGCAUAAGCUUGGAGACAUGAACUGUGGUCCUCUGAAAAAGACAUACCCCGCAAAGUUUCUCAUGGCUCGUUCCAGUGAAGGAAUGCUUCCUUCCUGUGCUCCCAGCUCCUCAGGAAUCAAGAGACAAUGGGAUGGAGCCAUCAGCAAAUCGACGACACGGACCCGAAUCCUACUCAAGACCCAGAUAUUGGGCGGGACUAUCGGCCGAACAGCCGCGGUAGUAGACCCGUCAGCCGGGGGUUUCGAAGUGAUUGAGAUGCGCUCCUAUCCCUUGACCAUGACCCUCGCUAUUCAUCCCAGAGGUAAUGACGUACUUGUCAAUGGGGUUAAUCCGACCCGGGGCUCCGUUUCUCAGCAAAUAUCGCGCGCCGGGAAUGAAGAGUGUCGGAAACACGGCCACCAUCACUUGCCAGCUGAACUUCGCCCAAGGCAUGUUGAUCCCGGGGAGUUCGAGAUGCGACUCGCAGGAAUGUGCAAACAAUGGCUUGCUGGAAUUCGCCAGCAACUGGAAUUCGGCGCAGUGUUCGAUGUGGCUUGGGUUCCGAAGCUGUGUGGAGUUCAUUUCAUGCAGCCGAAGCUUGUGACUUUGGCCAAGGCCAAGGAGCUCAUCGAAAUGGGCGGACGGACAGCGAUCAUCCCAAACGCGGCAUAUCUGUUUACCCCUAUCUUCGCUUUCGGCGCCACCCUCGGCAGUCACCAGCCAAAUCGACCUCAGCUUCAGCCACACUUGUCCCACAUGCCACCUUACGUGCACACGGCACCGCACGCAAUCAACGAAGCCCGAUGCAGGAACAAGUGGCAUUCGAAAGUCAACAAGCAGCCGAAAACGAUGCAUUGA